GGCGCCAGGGCUCACGCGACGUCAGGGGGCGGGCCCCGAGCCCGGGGGCGCGCGGGGGCGGGGGAUUCCUUCCCGCGCGCCGACCCCGGCCUCGGUUCCCAUGGCAGCCGCCGCUUGUGAGGGAUUGGUUAUACUCUAAAAUUUAUGUUCAUCACAGUCACCACUGCCAAAUAGUCUCCGAUGCUCAGCCUCUAGUCCACUAGCCUGACAAGGUACAAUAAAUAUUUAGUCUUCAAGAGCUGUGUAAUGCUGAAAGCAGAAUGUGGAGGUCAUGAAACAAAGGGCAUGUGUGAAGAUCCAGAGACCAGAUAGGAUGACCAAAAUGGCAAAUUCUCAGCCCGUUAACCAGCUAAAGUCAGAGACUGAGAGACCUAGUCCUGAGCCGCCAGCAGCCUCUGAAAACAAAGAGAAACCUUCAAAAAGAUCAACAUGCCAACUGCAGGAGAGGGCUGUAACACCAUCCCAGUCCACAGGGCCUGGCCACACUUCACUGACCUCUGGACAAGUGUCCAUGGAUGCCUUUCAGCAAGCAGCAAGUAUGCUUUGGCAACACAAACUUCCAAAUAUCCCUUCUUCCUCUGACGUGUCAGAGCCGGCACAAGAUGUUCCAGCAAACAGUUUAGCAGAGCCUUUAUCUCAACUUCCGCUUCCUUCAUCAAAGCAGCAGAUGAAGCUAAAGAAGUCCAUCUCCAAGGAAAAGCAGGAGCAGUUUAUAGAACGCACUCAGGUACAGCUCAAAAGGCAAGCGAUGGCAAAAUUUGUCCUGGGCUCUUUUGAAGAUAACUCGUCUGAUGAUGAGCUGGUACCUGGAUCCUUUAAAGUCACUAGCAGAAGUAGCGUGAUGAGCGUUGGUUCCUCCUCCUCUUUUGAGUCCUUUUCGCUAACGUCUUCUUCCACAACCAUGAGGCCUAGCAUGUCAGGGCUGCACCUGGUCAAGAGAGGCCGAGAGCAGAAGAAGCUGGAUCUCCAGAGGGAUUUCACUGUCGCCUCACCUGCUGAGUUCGUGACUCGUUUUGGGGGGAACCGCAUUAUUGAAAAGGUUCUGAUUGCAAAUAAUGGCAUUGCUGCUGUGAAGUGCAUGCGCUCCAUCCGCAGGUGGGCCUACGAAAUGUUCAGAAAUGAGCGAGCAAUUCGAUUUGUUGUCAUGGUUACGCCUGAAGAUCUUAAAGCAAAUGCAGAGUACAUCAAAAUGGCUGAUCACUAUGUGCCUGUCCCUGGGGGAGCCAACAACAACAACUAUGCCAACGUAGAGCUGAUCGUGGAUAUUUCCAAGAGGAUUCCGGUGCAGGCCGUGUGGGCUGGCUGGGGCCAUGCUUCUGAAAACCCUAAGCUUCCAGAGCUGCUGCAGAAACAUGGGGUGGCUUUCCUAGGUCCUCCCAGUGAAGCCAUGUGGGCUUUGGGAGAUAAAGUGGCUUCCACCAUUGUAGCCCAGACUGUCCAGAUCCCCACAUUGCCAUGGAGUGGAAGUGGUCUCAUGGCAGAAUGGACAGCGGAGGAUUGUGAGCAGCGGAGAACAAUCAGCGUCUCCCUAGAGACUUAUGCACGAGGCUGUGUAAAGGACGUGGAUGAAGGCCUGGAGGCGGCCGAGAGGAUUGGCUAUCCUGUGAUGAUAAAAGCUUCGGAAGGCGGCGGUGGCAAAGGAAUCCGGAAAGCAGAGACCGCGGAGGAAUUCACUGGCUGCUUCAGACAAGUACAGAGCGAGGCCCCAGGGUCCCCCAUCUUUGUGAUGAAAUUAGCCCAGCACGCCCGGCACCUGGAGGUGCAGGUCCUUGCCGAUCAGUACGGGAACGCGGUUUCGUUGUUCGGCCGCGACUGCUCCCUACAGCGCAGGCAUCAGAAAAUAAUUGAAGAGGCACCGGUGACGGUAGCAGCUCCCUCUGUGUUUGACUUUAUGGAGCAGUGUGCAGUACGCCUUGCAAAGAUGGUGGGCUAUGUGAGUGCAGGGACAGUCGAAUACCUCUAUAGUGAAGAUGGCGGCUUCCACUUUCUGGAGUUAAAUCCCCGCCUGCAAGUAGAACAUCCUUGCACAGAAAUGAUUGCUGAUGUGAACUUACCUGCGGCUCAGCUACAGAUUGCAAUGGGUGUCCCCUUGCACAGAAUAAAAGACAUCCGAGUGCUGUAUGGAGAGUCGCCAUGGGCUGAUACACCCAUCUGCUUUGAGAGCCCUGCGAAUAUCCCAGUGCCCAGAGGCCAUGUCAUUGCUGCUAGAAUCACCAGUGAAAACCCUGAUGAGGGGUUCAAGCCAAGCUCAGGGACAGUGCAGGAGCUGAAUUUCCGUAGCAGCAAGAAUGUCUGGGGUUAUUUCAGUGUGGCAGCUGCUGGCGGUUUGCACGAAUUUGCUGAUUCGCAGUUUGGGCACUGUUUCUCCUGGGGAGAGAACCGCGAGGAGGCCAUCUCGUCAGUAUUGUCCUCCCAGAAUAUGGUUGUGGCGCUGAAAGAGCUGUCGAUCCGUGGGGAUUUCAGAACAACAGUCGAGUACCUGAUUAAGCUGCUGGAGACUGAGAGCUUUCAGAACAAUGAGAUAGAUACUGGGUGGCUGGACCACCUGAUUGCUGAGAAAGUGCAGGCCGAGAAGCCAGACACCAUGCUGGGCGUGGUUUGCGGUGCCCUGAAUGUAGCAGAUGCCCUGUUUAGGACUUGUAUGACUGACUUCCUGCAUUCGCUCGAAAGGGGCCAAGUUCUGCCAGCGGCUUUCCUGCUGAACAUUGUAGAAGUGGAGCUUAUUUAUGAAGGUGUGAAGUACGCACUCAAGGUUGCCCGUCAGUCUCUGACAACUUAUGUCAUUAUCAUGAAUAACACUCACAUUGAGAUAGACGUGCACAGGUUGAAUGAUGGUGGGGUGCUGCUUUCCUAUGAUGGUAACAGUUACACGACGUACAUGAAAGAAGAAGUUGACUGCUACCGAAUCACCGUUGGUAACAAAACAUGUGACUUUGAAAAGGAGAAAGAUCCAACCAUGCUGAGAUCACCCUCUGCUGGGAAACUGCUGAAGUACACCGUGGAAGAUGGAGGCCACAUCUUCGUAGGGCACAGUUUUGCAGAGAUAGAGGUGAUGAAAAUUAUUUUGACCCUGGAGGUGAAGGAAUCUGGCCAUAUACAUUAUAUAAAACGGCCAGGAGCAUUGCUGGAGGCAGGCUGUGUCAUAGCUAGACUCGAGUUAGAUGAUCCUACCAAAGUGCACCCAGCCCAGUUGUAUACAGGUGGCCUCCCCACCCAGCAGAUGCUGCCAAUCGGUGGCCUGAAGCUGCACCAGGUCUUUCACAGUGUCCUGGAGAAUCUGAUCAAUGUCAUGAAUGGCUACUGCUUGCCAGAGCCAUAUUUCAGUGCAAAAAUGAAAGAAUGGGUAUGUGAGCUGAUGAAGACCCUCCGGGACCCCUCCCUGCCUCUUCUGGAGCUGCAGGAGAUCAUGACAAACGUGUCUGGCAGAAUCCCACUGUCAGUGGAGAAAUCCAUUCGAAAAGUGAUGGCACAAUACGCCAGUAACAUCACCUCAGUGCUGUGUCAGUUUCCCAGUCAGCAGAUCGCUAGCAUACUGGACAGCCAUGCGGCCAGUUUGCAGAGGAAGGCAGACCGGGAAGUCUUCUUCAUGAACACGCAGAGCAUUAUGCAGCUAGUCCAGAGGUACCGCAGCGGCAUUCGGGGCUACAUGAAAUCUGUCGUGUUAGACUUGCUGAGAAGAUAUUUGCAAGUGGAAACCCAGUUCCAACAAGCCCACUAUGACAAAUGUGUGAUCAACCUGAGAGAGCAGUACAAACUGGACAUGACCCCGGUGCUCGAGUGCAUCUUCUCUCAUGCUCAGGUGGCAAAGAAGAAUCUGCUGGUGAUCAUGUUAAUUGACCAGCUGUGUGGUCGAGACUCCACCAUGACAGAGGAGCUGAUGGCCAUUCUCACUGAGCUAACACAGCUCAGUAAAACGGAGCACUCCAAAGUGGCUUUGCGAGCCAGACAGGUUUUGAUUGCCUCUCACCUCCCUUCUUAUGAACUGAGACAUAAUCAGGUGGAGUCCAUAUUCCUGUCUGCUAUCGACAUGUACGGCCACCAGUUCUGCCCUGAAAACCUAAAGAAACUGAUCCUCUCGGAAACCACCAUCUUUGAUGUGCUCCCUACCUUCUUCUACCACUCCAACCAGCUGGUGCGCAUGGCAGCUCUGGAGGUGUACGUGAGGAGAGGAUAUAUCGCCUAUGAACUAAACAGCCUGCAGCAUCGUCAGCUCUCAGAUGGCACGUGUGUGGUAGAGUUUCAGUUUAUGUUGCCAUCAUCGCAUCCAAAUAGAGGCAACAGCCCCACUUUGAGCAGAAUGUCUAUCCCGAUCAGCGUAUCGAACCCUGACUUAGCCAGGCAUAGCACCGAGCUGUUCAUGGACAGCGGCUUUUCUCCUCUGUGUCAGAGAAUGGGAGCCAUGGUUGCUUUUGACAGAUUUGAAGAUUUCACAAGGAAUUUUGAUGAAGUGAUCUCCUGCUUUGCCAACCCACCCUCAGAGAGUCCCCUGUUCAGCGAGGCGCGAUCCACACUCUACGAAGUAGAGGACAAUAAGAACAUCCAAGAGGAGCCCAUCCACAUCCUGAACACAGCCAUCCGAUGGGCCGGCCACCUUGAGGAUGAGGAGCUGGUGCCAGUCUUCAGAACCUUUGCUCAGUCGAAGAAAAACAUCCUUGUUGACUGUGGCCUCCGGAGAAUCACGUUUUUAAUUGUGCAGAAGGGCGAAUUUCCAAAGUUUUUUACAUUUCGAGCAAGAGAUGAGUUUGCAGAAGACCGGAUUUAUCGGCACUUGGAACCAGCCCUGGCCUUCCAACUGGAGCUGAAUCGGAUGCGUAACUUUGACCUGACCGCUGUCCCCUGUGCCAACCACAGGAUGCACCUCUAUCUAGGAGCUGCCAAAGUGGAAGAGGGCAAUGAAGUUACUGACUACAGGUUUUUCAUACGAGCCAUUAUAAGACACUCUGAUCUCAUCACUAAGGAGGCCUCCUUUGAAUACCUGCAGAACGAGGGUGAACGGUUACUCCUGGAAGCAAUGGAUGAGUUGGAAGUGGCCUUCAGCAACACCAGUGUCCGCACUGACUGUAACCAUAUCUUCCUCAACUUUGUGCCUACUGUCAUCAUGGAUCCGUCCAAGAUCGAGGAGGCUGUCCGCUCCAUGGUGAUGCGCUACGGCAGCAGGUUGUGGAAACUCCGGGUCCUGCAAGCUGAAGUGAAGAUCAAUAUCCGUUUGACUCCUGUUGGCAAAGCCAUUCCUAUCCGCCUCUUCCUGACCAAUGAGUCCGGCUACUACCUGGAUAUUAGUCUCUACAAAGAAGUGAAUGAUCCCAGGACUGGGAAUAUUAUGUUUCACUCCUAUGGGGAUAAGCAAGGGCCACAGCAUGGGAUGCUGAUUAACACACCAUACGUUACCAAGGACCUGCUCCAGUCCAAGCGCUUCCAGGCACAGUCGCUAGGCACUACCUAUGUAUACGACUUCCCUGAAAUGUUCAAGCAGGCGCUCUUUAAAUUGUGGGGCUCUACAGAAAUGCACCCCAAAGAUGUUCUAACCUACACUGAGUUAGUGUUGGAUUCCCAGGGGCAGCUGGUGGAGAUGAACAGGAUACCUGGAGGAAAUGAGGUUGGGAUGGUUGCUUUCAAAAUGAAGCUGAAAACCCCUGAGUAUCCCAAGGGCCGAGACAUCAUUGUUAUCAGCAACGACAUCACCUACAAGAUUGGCUCCUUCGGGCCCGAGGAGGAUCUGCUCUUCCUGAGAGCUUCGCAGCUGGCCCGCUCGGAAGGCGUCCCCCGGAUCUACAUUGCAGCGAACAGCGGGGCACGGAUAGGGUUUGCAGAUGAGAUAAAGCACAUGUUCCAGGUAGCCUGGGUGGAUCCCAUGGAUCCCUACAAGGGGUUCAAGUACCUGUACCUGACGCCACAGGAUUACACGAGGAUCAGCUCUGUGAACUCCGUGCACUGUGAGCAUGUAGAGGAAGGAGGAGAGUCCAGGUAUGUCCUAACUGAUAUCAUCGGUAAAGAUGAAGGGUUCGGUGUGGAGAACCUGAGAGCAUCUGGUGCCAUUGCUGGGGAGUCCUCCAUUGCUUAUGAUGAAAUUGUGACCAUUAGCAUGGUGACAUGUCGUGCCAUUGGAAUUGGCGCUUACCUGGUGAGGCUAGGGCAGCGAGUGAUACAGGUGGAGAAUUCCCACAUCAUCCUCACUGGGGCUAGUGCUUUAAAUAAGGUCCUGGGGCGUGAGGUCUACACAUCCAAUAACCAGCUCGGAGGCGUGCAGAUCAUGCAUCAUAAUGGUGUUUCCCAUGUGACUGUCCCAGACGACUUUGAGGGCGUCUAUACCAUCUUACAGUGGCUUUCAUAUAUGCCAAAGGACAAUCGUAGCCCAGUGCCUGUUACUGCUACAAGUGACCCCAUUGAACGAGAAAUUGAUUUUGUCCCUUCCAAAGCCCCCUACGAUCCCAGAUGGAUGCUGGCAGGAAGACCACAUCCAAUUGUUAAGGGAACCUGGCAGAGCGGCUUCUUUGAUCAUGGCACUUUCAUGGAGAUCAUGCAGCCUUGGGCACAGACAGUUGUAGUUGGCAGAGCAAGAUUGGGAGGGAUCCCCAUUGGUGUGGUAGCGGUGGAGACCCGGACUGUGGAGAUGGUUAUACCAGCUGACCCUGCAAACCUAGAUUCUGAAGCAAAGAUAGUCCAGCAGGCUGGGCAGGUGUGGUUCCCAGAUUCAGCUUUUAAAACUGCCCAGGCUAUAAGGGACUUCGACCGAGAGCGGCUCCCUCUCUUGAUCUUUGCAAACUGGAGGGGAUUCUCCGGUGGCAUGAAAGACAUGUACGAUCAGGUGCUGAAGUUCGGUGCGUACAUUGUCGAUAGCCUCAGGCAGUUUAAACAGCCUGUUCUUGUCUACAUCCCCCCACAUGCUGAGCUAAGAGGAGGGUCCUGGGUAGUAAUUGAUCCAACAAUCAACCCGGUGUACAUGGAGCUUUAUGCAGACAAGGAGAGCAGGGGAGGCAUUUUAGAAGCUGAAGGAACAGUGGAAAUUAAAUUCAGGAGGAAGGAUUUGAUAAAGACCAUGAGAAGAAUUGAUUCAGUCUAUGCCAGACUUGUUGAACAGCUGGGCACCCCAGAACUCCUAGAAGAGGAUCACAGAGAGCUGGAGAAGCAGCUGAAAGCUCGGGAAGAGCUCCUGUUACCCAUCUUCCACCAGGUGGCAGUGCAGUUUGCUGACCUUCACGACACGCCAGGAAGAAUGCACGAGAAGGGUGUUAUUGCAGAUAUCCUUGAGUGGAAGAACGCCCGUACAUUCUUAUAUUGGCGUCUGCGGCGCCUCCUUUUGGAGGAGGUGGUGAAAACGGAGAUUCUGAAUGCGGACAGUGAGCUCAGCAACAUUCACAUCCAGUCCAUGCUGCGCCGCUGGUUCAUGGAGACGGAAGGAGCUGUGAAGGGCUAUCUCUGGGACAAUAACCAGGCGGUGGUGGAAUGGCUGGAGAAACACUUGCAAGAAGAGGAGGGUUCCCGAUCAGCCAUUCGAGAAAACAUCAGAUAUCUGAAACGGGAUUAUGCCCUCAGACAUAUCCGGACCUUGGUUCAAGCAAACCCAGAGGUGGCCCUGGACUGCAUGAUUCACAUGACUCAGCACAUCACCCGUGCACAGAGGACCCAGAUCGCUCGUCUCUUAUCUACCCUGGAUAACCCGCCCCCUUCUUGACAGAGAGGCCGCAGGUGGGGGUGCCAGGAACAAUCACUAUAGACAAGGAAGCGCACAGAGAGAAACCACUCCUUUUGAGACCAGAUGUCUUCUUGCCUGCGUGUAUUCGACCCUAGCGUUGAAGCCUUAGACUCUACUGAUGUCUCUCAAUAAAUGAUGCCAUUGUUGCAUUUUCAACCAUAAAAAUAGCCUUUCUGUGAACACCGUGUUCAUCCUGGAUUUGUGGGGACAAUUAAAAAAACAAAUCCAUUACAGUGGCAUUUUUGUGGGAUUUAAAUUCAACCCAAAUUGACCUCAGGAGCCUUGUCUUCAGAACAAAGCCGGUAGGGAUGGGCCCCGUGGUCAUUUUAUAACUGAAUUUAAAAUUGUUUAUUUUUUUAUUGUAAACCCAGUAAAAAGUUGAGAUACAUUUCAUUAGAAUGAAUGGAGCUGGGAGUAGAAAUCAAACUCUGUAUAAUAGCCGGAAAGAGAAAUAUUUUUGUACUAAUGUUUGUUGUUGCCAAACAUCUGCCAGCAUAAUAAGAAAAUGUUGUUAUUUUUAAUGAACAAGAGAAAACUGUGUUUUGGAAAAACAUUCACACUAACCACUAGAAAACCACUGGAGAGCCUCUUCAUUCCCCUGCUAUGACAGUGUUCAGUAGAGGUGAUUAUGAAAUAAUUCUUGGAGCAUGGUCAGGGAUUCCAGGGAAGGUUUCGACAGAGCCAUACAUUUCAACCUGUCCUUCGUUUUAUUUGUGGUCAGGACACCAAGUUUGCAGCUGUUAACACAGUUGUCAGUGCAGGAUUUGUUAAACAGUCCCAGUUCUAACAAGGGAAUGAAAAGGGGCAGUUGAAUUUUCCAUCUCUUCUUUAAUUGGUGUCCCCUUCCAUUUCAUAUUGGAAUUCCUUGGAAUUAUUCCAGUGUCUGCACCUGCUUCCCCACCCACCCACGUACACUCUAUUUGGAGUGGGGCGGGAAAGCACAUGUGGACCUGAUCUUGUCAGUGGUUAACCUGACCUCAUGAAUUAAGGUAACAUAUCACACACUUCAAACUACUUAGUUUAGUAAAAGUAAUGAUUUAGAUCUUACUGUGCCUUGUUCUAUUGUGGUAGCAUGGCGGGUAACAAAUCCAUUUGCCUAAUGUAACUGCAUAAUAGUGGUGAUCCACCCUUUUGCCAUUUUAAAAAUAAAUCCUCAGGUCACAUAUAUCCUUUGACUGUCCUGGGUUGCAUAACCUCAUGACAAUACAUGUACCAUGUCUCACUGUAACCUUUAAUCAUAAGAAUAAGAUAUGGCUUUACGGCUCUUAGAUAUGGCCUUAUGGGAAUAGAAUUGGUUACCUGGUUUAAAUACAGUGUUAAAGCCAUUGUUUGGCAAUGUUACAGAUCCUGUCAGUUGAUUUUAAACCAAAUAAUGACAAAACCAAAGAGACACACAGGACAGCUGUGCACACAGUGGGCUAGAGAAUGUGAUGAAACAACUUACUACAUGCAAUGCCAGUGGUGAGGUUUUUCCAAAAAGAAUGUAUUGUGUAUUUUAUUGAGAGGAGGGCAGCAGGAGAGACUUUAAAAGUUCCCUGAUUUGAAAGGUGUUACACCUGAACGAGUUUUGUCAGAGAGAGAGAGGAGGGUGUGUUGUUAACAAAACUCACUGUAUGGAAGGAGAAUUGGGAAAUCCAGCCCAUCUGCUCCAAAUAAAAUGAUGACAUUUUUCAGGGAA